AUGUCUUCGCCGGGGUUGCAGGAGAUUGGUCAUAUAUCAAGCAAGGAGCUUGAUGAUGUUAAUCUGGCGCGGAUGGGCAAGCGCCCCGUUUUGAAGCGAAACUUUGGGUUGAUGUCAAUGCUGGGUUUCAGUUGUACCAUUUUGAUUACAUGGGAAGGAAUUGUCGUGCUUUUUUUGCAAGCAUACCAAAAUGGGGGUCCAGCUGGAGCAGUAUAUGGUUUCCUCUUCGUUUGGGCGGGUGUCGCGGCGACGUUUGUGGUUCUAUCGGAGUUGGCAUCAAUGGCGCCAACAUCUGGAGGGCAGUAUCAUUGGUGUUCCAUGUUAGCUCCGCGAUCUUGUAUGAAACUCUUGAGCUAUCUCACAGGUUGGCUCACUGUUAUUGGGUGGCAAGCCACGUUCGCAACUUCAUGCUAUCUAGUCGGCACCUUGAUUCAAGGCUUGGCUGUGCUCACAAACGAUAGCUACGAACCCAAAAACUGGCACGGAACUCUUAUCUUCUGGGCUAUCGUGGUUUUUUCUGUCGCUAUCAACGGCGUUGGAGGAAAGGUUCUUCCCCGUUUUGAGGGCAUGAUUCUGAUUCUUCAUAUCCUGGGAUUCUUCGCGAUUCUCAUCCCCUUGACUUAUAUGGCGGAUCAUGGAACCUCGAAGGAAGUUUUCACCCAAUUCCUCAACCUGGGAGAAUUCCCGUCCCAAGGGUUGUCCUUCUUUGUCGGAACCGUCGGCUGUAUCUUUGCAUUUGCCGGUGGUGAUGCCGCGGUCCAUAUGUCUGAAGAAAUCACAAAUGCCUCUGUUGCAGUUCCUACCUCGAUCAUGCUGAGUGUCUUGAUCAACGGAUCCAUGGGCUUCGGGAUGCUAAUCGCCAUGCUGUUUUGCAGUGGCGAUCUCGGAACGGCUCUCGAAUCCCCUACGGGAUACCCUUUCAUGUCCAUUUUCUACCAGGCAACAGGAUCCAAAGCUGGUACCGCUGUUAUGGGCUCAAUCGUGACUACUAUGGGUGCCACAACAUCAGUUGGCAUGUUAGCGUCUACUUCCCGCCAGUUCUGGUCUUUUGCUCGAGACCGAGGCAUUCCCGGCUGGCGAAUGUGGAGUCAGGUUACCGAGAGCUCCGGAGUUCCACUCUAUUCCGUACUAGCAACAUCUGUCAUCGCUUGCCUCCUCGCGCUCAUCAACAUCGGCUCGCCAGUUGCGUUCAAUGACCUCUGCUCCAUGUCCAUCUCCGGCCUUUACCUGUCAUAUAUGGUAGUCGGCAGUCUUCUACUCUGGCGUCGCUGCACAGGCGGAAUCAGCUCUGCUCGUAGCAGCGAUUCGGCUAUCGUCAACACCGCUGGUGCGAAACUAGUCUGGGGACCAUUUCACCUACCCGGUAUCUGGGGCAUCCUGAUCAACGCCUGGGCUUUGAUCUAUAUGACCAUUGCUGUCUUCUUUACCUUCUGGCCAACUUAUUGGGUGGUGACUGUCCAGACGAUGAACUUUAGUGUCGUUGGGACUGUGGGUACCGUCCUCCUCAGUCUCGUCUAUUAUUAUAUCCGUGCGAGAAAGAUCUACAACGGACCUAUCAUGGAGCACAAUCUAUAA